UUGCUUGACAUUAAAUGCUAAGAUUUCUUAUUUCUGCUGCAAGUACCGUUAAAUAGAAAAUAGAGUUUAUGUACAUGCACUUCUCACUCUGUACACUCAAAGCUUGCCUUAUCAAUGAAUUCGUAUGAUAUAGUCUAUUGGUCAAAGAUUGUGAUUGGUACCACCAUCCAUAUUAUUGAACCGGAAGAUUUGAAACUUUUUACAAAUAAAUGAAAGAGCAUUAACAUGAAGGGGAAAAAGGGAUGAAAGAAGAGCACCCUUUAAUGAGUAGAGAACAAGGCAUCUAAAUGAGCAUUGUGGAUUGCCUCAUUUGGUUCGUUGCAGUCUAAUUAUAUGAUUAUGUGGCUUUCUCUUGAUCUAGGCUUGCUUGUCUCAUGUGCUGGCUUCAUACUCGUUGGAACCGCAUAUGAUGGCUCUAAUUAGUAGUUGCAUAUGAUGGCUUCAUACUCGACAUCCGAUGACUUUUGGGUGAGUGCUUCUCCCAUUGGGCCAUUCAUGCCUACAUAGAGGCAAAUAGUUUGGCUGACCGGGUGGCAUCCUUUGUGGCUCAGCAUUCCGGGGGUUUUAUUUGGGACAACCACACUUUGGUCCCGUCGUCCUUGUAUUCUCUUAUCCUUUUUGAUCUUAUGGGCUGCACCCACACCCACUGUGUGUGAGGCGCCAUUGCACCAAAAAAAAUGAUAAUAAAUAACUACUUUAACGUAGAAUAUGAAGGAAAAAAAUAUAUGGCCGAUAUUCAUUUGGAUCUAGUUUUAAGCUUGUUGUUUAAAGACAAACCAUUACCAUGAAAAGAACUAGCUCGUUAUACUGCUUGUCUGCUUUUGUUUUGUUUUGAUUCAUUUUGAUAGAUAAUGCCAUUAAAAUUGCAUGUCAGUACAAGUUUUAUGCAGUUCAGUCUAGGUUCCAGCUGAUUUUUAAUGCAUGAAGCUUGCUGUCUUAUUUAUGCUUUAUAUCAUGUUGGUUGCUGGGCCCUGAAACCUUACCCCUAUAUUAUUUAUGCGGAGCCUUGUCAAAUUGAUGGCGCAUGUGUCCAUGCUGUUUCAUUACCAUUUGUUCUUUUCUAUUAUGUUUGCAUUAUAUCGAGUUUCCUUGUUAUGUUGCUUUUGGGCUGCUCUUUCAACUUUUAGCAUGAGGGUGGAUGAUAGGGUACAGAAAUGUGGAUGUUCAUAUCACUUAUGAAAAUCUAUUCCUCUAUCUUUUUUCCCUUGAUUAUUUCAGUGAAUCAUUUGCUAUGACCAGGAAUUGAGUUCCAGGGCUGAUUGAUGCCUGCGACGUUUAGCAAUAUAAUCUAUCACAAUAUCUGAUUCAUCAUUCGGUUUCGCUCUCUCUACUAUAUGCUUUAUGAAACAUCCGAUUUCAUGGGUGAACCAUGCUUAGCCAUGUGGAAUAUGAAACUGAUUUCUCUUAGAGCUUUACCAUGCUUUCUUGUCUGAUCUUGUUUGUGUUUGGGAGGAAAAAAAGAAUACUGUCUACCAGUCAGAAACAUGAGGAUUGCGCUAUACCCUCCUCUUUUCUUCGAAAGCUGGAGCAGAAUUUAUAUAUGAUGCCGAUUGGGAUUCUUGACUUCCUUGGGCAAUCAUCUGACAGUGACCCUUCAUCUCCUGUGGAAUUCUUGUCUAGUAGAUCAAGUCGGAAAACAUUGAUAUAUCUGGUUCUUACGCUUGGUCAUAUGUAUCCAGAUUAUGAUUUCAGCAGUGCAGUGCGAGCCCAUCUGUUUUUCAGAGAAGAAGAGUGGGAGAACUUCAAGCAGAUAUAUGACACCUACUUGUUUGAAGCAGCUAGGGAAUGGGCUUUAGUUCAUGGAGGUAGUUCCCUUCUGGAAAGCAUGACCAAGGCAAUAGAUGAGGUUGUUAAAUUAAGCGAGUGUGAGAUCUACAGCUACAACCCGGACUUUGAUGGGGAUCCUUUUCUGGAGAAAGGAGCCAUAUGGUCGUUCAAUUUCUUUUUCUAUAAUAGGAAGCUGAAGUGCGUUGUCAGCUUUCGGUGUUGUUGCAUAAGCAAUCAAGCAGUAGAUGGCUUUCUUGCUGAUGAGAUGUACAAUGACGAGGAAGAGGAUGAUCUGUUCAUUGACAUGGAUAUGUGACUUGUUGCAUGUGAUGUACAUAAUGACCAACCCUGGGAACGUCCUCCGCUGUAUAAGAAUCUUAGGUGCACUAUGGAUGACUCAAGUGAGUCAAGUGUGGUGUGUUUGUACAGGUGGUCUAUGGAUAAGCAAGAUCGUCUAACUUGGUCGUCAUUGUUAUUACCUGUAUCAGUUCUAGAUGUAAGUGCUGAAUUGGUGCAGCAGUUAACAUUUAGUACUCCGGACUUGUUUUCCUCUGUAUUUAAAUUUGUAGUAAACCAGAAGUUGGAACUAAUAAGUGGGACUAAUGUUUGAAAGUGAAAGCAAUUUCUGUUUUCUGGGUUAAAUGAAGUUAUGCUGCUGAUCAAAUAGUUA